AUGAUAAAAAAGUUACUAGGUGAAGAUCUUGCCCAAGAAUUCGCAUUCUUAGAUUCAGAAAUCACAGCAGAUAGCAGGUUAGAAAGAAAUAUUGAGCCACCUCUCAAGCGUAAAAGAAAGAUCACAUCUCCUCAAGGCCGGCAUGGGAUAGUGGAAGAUAUCUCUUCGGAAUGAUGCAAGCCAAAUGACCCUAUUAUCGAAAAACCCAAAAUAACAGCAAUGAAGCAAGCAAAGAUAGCAAAAGAAGAAAUUAAGCAUAUUAUUCAAGAAAGGGAAAAUUUAUCAAAGACUGAUACAGCACCUCUUGAACAAAAUAAUCCAAGUGGUAAGUGAAAUGGUCAAAUAAUAAAAGUUGGAGUUCCUCAAGAACUUUUAGAUGCAUUCCCAUGGCUAGAUUCCCCUAGAGAAUUUGUAGAGGGCGCGGAAGAGAAUGACUCUACAGAAAAACAAUAUGGUUUUCUAGAAAAAUUUUUUAUCUUCGAAGGCUAGUCAAAAUUAAUUAAUUAUUUUUAUAGUAAAAUAUAUUUUUUUUAAAAAUUAAGAAGAAUGGUUGUAAAAUAAGGGAGUAUUCAUAGAAAAUAUUAUAAACACUUACAUCUCUCGCUGAGUGCGCAGAGUAUUGAAAAAGAUCCUAAUUUUAGAAAAUUUAAAUACCUAAAUAGACUGAGCAAAAACUUGCUAAGUCGAGUUAUCUUUGUUAAAAUAUAAUCAAUGAUUAUUAAAAUAAAAACUCUAGUCAAUCCAUUAAAUUUUUACGAACAAAAAUUUUUAUUAUAUAAUUAUAUGCAAAGUUUAAAAGCAAAUUUGCUCAGGGGGCUAGUAAAUGAAUAGAUGGGUUUAUUAAGAUAAUAUUGAAGUUUCAGGAUCUGAAAUAUUUUUAUUAUUAAUUUCUAGAUUUCAAAAAAAUUUAUACAAUUCAAUAACUUAAUUGCUAAUGAUCUAGCUAAAUAUGAUUAG